AGCCCACUUCCUCCUUCCCGGGUCAAAGCGAAGCGUUAACGGGGCGGGGCAAGCGAGAAGAACGAGUCUCCACCCAAGUCUCUGAGGAGAAGCGCUACUUCAACAGAGUGAGGGCAAACCUCCUCUCUAGCAGCCCCGAACGAACAAAGCCAGAGAGGCGCGCCCCCGAACUGCGCGCGCGCGCCCUCUCUCUCAUCGUUUCUUGGUUCAGCGCCCGCCACAGAAGAGACAAGAAAGAAAGCGCGCCCUUGCGCGCCUCUCCCGUCAGUUUUAUUAUUAUUAUUACUUUGUUAACCCCACGCUGGCGGCCGCAUGGGAGGGCACGCGAAGAAAGGUGGGGUCGUAGGUCAGUGUUGGCGUCGAGCGUGCGGUCUGACGCGACGUGGCGCCGCCAUGCGCCCAAGCCAAGCCAAGAGCGAACGGAUGUGCGGGUAGCCCCGGGGCUGAAGUAAAAUUUGGAGGUGGAACUCGCGCCCCGCCCCUUUUCUCAUCUAAAGGAAUUGUGUAGAGACAUUGGAAAUAUGUCUGAAGUUAAGCAAAGAAGGAAAGCCAACCUUUCAGCCAAAUCAAAUGAAGAUCAAGCAAAGAAACAGUCAGCUUUCGGGACUACUGGUGGUGAAACAGCUAUCUGGAUGGACCCUCGAACAGCCUCAAGUAUACUAUCCCUUAUAGCUUGUUUAGGACUCACAUGGUUUCUUUUUCAGCAGUCAGCUCAGCUGGCUGAAGUAGAAGAAAAGUACCAUUUAUUAAAGCAGGAAGCUGUAAAGUUUGAAGAUAUGGAAAAUAAGAUUAACUUAAUGUCUGAAAAGUUUGAAUCUUCUUCGGAUAUCCUGCAGGAAGCCUCUUUAUCUGUCUCCAUGGUGACCAGGUUUGAGCAAGAAGUAUCCUACCUCCGUAACACCAUACAUGACAUUCAAAACAGUGAGCAGGCACUCUCUAAAAAGAUGCAGACCACUGAUGCAAAAUUCCAAAAUAUAAUAGAGUCCUGGGAAAAGAGCCAAGCUGAAAUGGGUACCAAUACUAGCAGUUUAAAAUCAGAAGCCAAGCUUUUACGUAGUGAAGUUACCUCUCAAAUUAAUGCUGCAGAUCAAAAACUAAAAUCCGUUUCUGAAAGAUUGAAAGACCUUGAAGACAGUACUAUGAGAAACCUCAAAACAUUAAAUAGGCAAGAGGAAGAUGAACUGGCUAAAGUUGAACAGCAACUGCAGUCUGAUACCAAGGCAGCUGGAAAAUUAGAAGAACAGCAGAACAGUCUGUUAGAUAGAAAUAAUGAUCUGAGCCAGAAGCUUGCAGAAUAUGAACCCAAACUGGAAGAAUGCAAAACCCGUUUACCAGCCAUAGAGAAUGCCAUUCACUCCGUUAUUAGAGUAUCAAGGGAUCUGACUGCUGUAGAGAAGAAAAUGGAAGACAUGACUAUAAAGGUGUUCCGUGUGGAAGAUGAGGUACUGAAAACUGUAUCUGAGAUCAUGGAUAUACAAAAAACACUUGAAAGCAUGCAGUAUGAGAACAGCCUGUUAAAACUGCAGAAUGAAAUGCUUGUUUUAAAGGGAAAAGUUAAUGACUUUGCAGAAUUUGCAACGGAAGCAGAAGAACAUACAGAAAACCACCAUAGUGUGAAUUACGAGUGAACCUAUUCACCCUGAACAAUAUUGGUAUAUUAUACAGCUUGAGUAGCAUUCUCACUGAAAUAAAUGAGGUUUCACUUUCAUUGGACUCAUGUGCAUAAGGAAAACUAUGACUUUUUUUUAAAAGACAGUGAAAAUAUUGCUUACAUUCCUAUGUGUUUUUGUAGGCUUGUUGGUUUAAAUAAAUUGGACAAAAAUGCUAUUAAGGGGUUUUUAAUAUUCAGUUGUGUAUUUAAAUCUUAUUCUGAAAAUGUUAUAUAUAAUAGAAAAUUAGAAUAUGAAUUGGCAAAUUUGUUGUACUCUCCCCUUAAAAUAAUAUUUUGGGAAAACGUAAUACUCUACGUUGGACUGCCCUUGAAGACUGUUCAGAAACUACAGCUAGUCCAGAAUGCAGCGGCCAGAUUGCUGAUGCGGACCAGAAGGUCCGCUCAUAUAACACCUGUUCUGGCCCGUCUGCACUGGCUUCGUAUUUGUUUCCGGGCUAGAUUCAAAGUGCUGGUUUUGACCUAUAAAGCCCUACACGGCAUGGGACCGCAAUACCUGGUGGAACGCCUCUCCCAAUAUGAACCUACCCAUACACUGCGCUCAACAUUUAAGGCCCUCCUCCGAGUGCCAUCCCAUCGAGACGCUCGGAGGGUGGUGACUAGAACUAGGGCCUUUUCAGUGGUGGCCCCCGAACUGUGGAACAGUGUCCUCGAUGAGGUGCGCCUGGCGCCGAUGCUACUAUCUUUUCGGCGCCAGGUGAAAACCUUUUUAUACUCCCAGGCAUUUUAAAGUGUAUUUUAACAGUAUUUCACUAUUAUCUUGUAUUUUAGACGUUGUUUGGUUCUUUUAUUGUUUGUUUUUGGUUCUUGAUUUAUUGUAUUUAUUGUACUUAUACACUGUGCUUGUUUUAUCUUUUAUGUACACCGCCCAGAGAGCCUUCGGGCUUAGGGCGGUAUAUAAAUUAAAUUAAAUAAAUAAAUAAUACAUGUUAA